GAUUUAAAAAAUGUUUUCCUCCUUAAAUUUUAUGUAUACAUUGUCUUUUUUUCUUUUCAAUGUCAUACGAUGAUAGCGUGCAUAUCGUCCUUCAAAUUAUUAGCUUUUUCAUCAUAUUCAAUGCCCUCUAAUUAAUUUUGCAACAUGCAACUGGCCCUUGUACAACAAUGUUUUUAGUUACAGUGAAAGAGAGAGAGAGAGAAGAAUAUGUUUGAUUGUAAUAGAUUUACAAUUUUUCUACUGCCAUUUUUUCCAUUAUAAACGUCAUAAACGCCAUCUAUGUUAUGUUAUAGAAACUUCAUAGUCAUUAACUUAUGUUAAUGUUCAUAAUAUUUUUCGCUGCUUGUGCAACACUUACUAAACAUAUUGAAAUAUAUAAGAUCAAAAUUAACUAAAUUCUGAUUGUUUAAUAAUUAUUAAAACAAUUUUUUUAGUUAAAUUAUUGACAUUAAUGUACAUACAUUUGCAUAAGUACGUAACGCGCGCAUGCGCAAUUAUAUACACACACCUCAGUAUGAAAAAUGUCAGAUAUCGAAUAUAACCAAAUUCGAUAGGUUAGAAAAUUGUACAUUUUAUUAACAAGUAUCGACAUCGUAAAAACAAAAACAAAAAUAGGUAGAUAAAGUGUGAGUGAAUGUGGCAGAGGGAAAGGGUGGACAUGAAUUUGUGUAUUUCAAACAAAAUAAACUCUCUUUAUCUGUAGUACAUCAAAACACAAUCGUACAAUUAAUGUAAUUAUUAAUAGCAACAAGAAGACAAACUAAUAAAGUGGAAAAUAUGAUGGCAGAAAAUUUAGCUAAAACUUUUGCAGUAGAAGAUUUUAAUGCGGAAAAAUUUGUUAAGGAUCUCAGCGCACAAUGUAUUGGCGCAGAUGAACUUAGACAACAACGUGCAAAAAUUCAGGAACUUGCCAAUAAUACUUCUGCUUCGCUAAAGCGCAAUGUCUAUCAAAAUUAUAUGCAAUUUAUAGAAACAGCAAAAGAAAUUUCUCAUUUAGAAAGUGAAAUGUAUCAGUUGUCCCAAUUAUUAAGCGAGCAACGUUCCUUAUUAAGCACACUUGGUUCUACAAGAACUACUGGCCUUAUAUUCGAAGAUCUAUCAGAAUCCCAACAAGACAAUAACAAUGAUAAUAUUACCAAAGAGCAAGAGCAAAAGCAAAAAUUGAUUCAACUGCUUGAAAAUGUAGAAGGUGCAAUGAAUUUAGCAGAAAUUGCUGGUCGUGUCUGCUUGCACGAAGGUUCUCUUCUAGAAUUAGAUCCAGUAGAUGGGAUGCCAUUGAAAAGAAUUCAUGCUUAUUUAUUCAAUGACGUAUUAAUGAUAGCCUCUUGGUUAGCUAAUGGUGGCAAAAGGGGCCCACCAAGAUAUAAGAUGCAAGCUGUCUACAAUUUACAAAGUUUAGCUAUUGUCAAUAUCAGAGAUCUGGGUACAGUGAAAUUGGCAUUUAAACUACUUGCCUUUCCAGAUACUAGAGUAUUUCAAUGUGCAACUGCAACAAGUAAAAAGGAAUGGUUGGACAAAUGUGAACAAGCAAAAAGAGCCAAGCUGGCACAAGAAAAUGGUAGUAAUGAUGCAGAUAAGAAUACAAAUUCUAAAGAAAAACAAGCUAUACCGUCGCGUUCUAUGUCUUUGGAAUCAAAUACAUUAGGUAUAGACGAUGAAGAGGAAUUGGAAUAUCAUGAACCUCCACCCGAAUGGAUGCUAGAAGUAGCUGAGGAUUUAGAUUCUUGUAUAGCACAACGUCACUUUGAAGAUGCCUAUAGUCUUUUAGAAAGAGCUAGGACAUAUUUAAAAGAUACGACAAUGACUCCUCUUUUAUUGGAAAUUAAAACAAAAGUUAAUGAGAGAGGACGUGCUCUCAUCGAUGUUUUAAUCAAAGAACUUGAAUUGAGUUCAAAAUCAAAAUCGCUACAAGGCGGUGGUUUACGAAGCGCACGGCGUAUAGUUAGACUUUUAAUACAAUUAAAUCGUAGUGCACAAGGAUGUAAAUUGUACUUAAGAUUAUGUAGUGCUAUGCUGGAAGCAAGAAUUAAAAGAGUUAAGAGAGAAGGUGCUAUUGUGCCUUAUAUAAGACAACUUAGUGCAAUUGCUUUCAGUAAUAUAGCAGAAAUGGCUAAAGAAUUUUUAAAGCUUUUUCCACAGACUACAAAUUGUACCUCAGGUUUAGUGGUAUGGUGCAGUCAAGAAAUCAAAUACUUGACGUCGCACUUGACUAGUUUGCUAUUCAUCCCGCAAGUAUCAUUAAGCGUUUUAGCUGAAUGCAUCGUUGCUGUUAGAAGUCACUGCGACCAGCUAACACAACUAGGCAUGGAUUUUCGUUAUCAACUAGAUGGUCAGCUUAGGUCCCCUUUAUCUAAAGUUAUACUAGUUACUAGAGACAAUUGCAUUGACACAUUCGAGGCCAAUAUUGCAAAGGAUACGUGGAGCCCGACAAAUUUGCAAAAUAGUCAAAAUCUUCGAAAUUUGUUAUUGGAAUUGGAUAAUCUUAGUAUCGGUGUACCACAAGCUUAUUUAACGAAUGAUUUUUGGAUCGCAUUAACCAAUAAUACGCUAGAAUUUUCUAAAUUAUGCAUUAAUUUUAUUGAGAAUUGUCUUAGCAUUGCUACUCCGGAACUUAUGAAAACAAUCGAUACUGCUCUUUUAUCAUUAAUAGGAAAAGAAGUAAAAUAUUUAACAGAGUCUCUUAAAAAUCCAAAAUUAAAACAAGAGAGACAAAUUAUACAAGAUAACGCGGCUUAUAUCAGAGAUAUAAUUGUCAAUAGAAUUCUGGAGUUAUACGAAAGUGCAACAAAUCAGAAGUUUACUAGUCUUUUAGUAUUAAAGGAACAAAUUGUGUUCGAACCAAUUUCUCCAGUGAAACCUAAAGCCGCACCUAGGACUUCCGUACCUAAAUAUUCAUCCACUGAAUAUAUUUAAAUGAUGCAUCAUCGAAAACAAAAUUUUAACGCUUUGCAAAAAAUAUUUUCAUACAACUGAA